AUGACGUCCUCCGAGGCCAUCGCGUACACCGUCGUUGCUUCCGACCCCAGCAGCGACGUUAUCGAGCUUUCCACUCAGGAUCUGCGAAACAACCUCCAGCGCGGUUCCGAUGAGGUCAAACUGGAAACGCUUCGACACAUUAUUGUCUCGACGCUCAACGGCUCGCCUCAGCCCACCCUGCUCAUGCCCAUCAUCCAAUAUGUCCUGCCAAGCCGUAACAAGCAGCUCAAAAAGAUGCUGCAUUUCUACUGGGAAGUCUGCCCCAAGCUCGACGAAAAGGGCAAUCUCAAGCAGGAGAUGAUUCUCGUCUGCAAUGCCAUCCGAAACGACUUGCAGCACCCCAACGAGUACAUUCGAGGCUCUACAUUGCGUUUUCUGCAAAAAGUAAAGGAACCUGAGCUGCUCGAACCGCUCAUUCCUACCAUCCGCCAGUGCCUCGAGCACCGUCACAGCUAUGUCCGCAAGAAUGCCGUCUUUUGCGUCUAUUCGAUAUAUCAGCAGAACGAGAGCCUCAUCGUCGAUGCUCCCGAGCUGAUGGAGACCUUCCUCGCCGCCGAGGCUGACACCACCUGUAAACGCAAUGCAUUCGUUCUUCUCUGCCAUACCGCUCCUGAACGGGCCGUCCAAUAUUUCCUCGGCCUCGGUGACCAGGCCGCAUCGCAGGACGAGCUCAUGCAGCUCGCCAUCAUCGAGCUCAUCCGCAAACACUGUCGCGGCGACUCGCCCAACCGUGCUCGCUACAUUCGUGCUGUAUCGGAGCUCCUCUCUGCUCCCAGCCACUCGGUCAAGUACGAGGCUGCCACCACGCUCACCACACUCACGCAAAACGCUGCUGCUGUCAAAGCGACUGCUAGCACGCUCAUCGAGCUUAUCGUCAAGGAGAGCGACAACAAUGUCAAGCUCAUUGUGCUCGAUCGUCUCGACGCGCUACGCACUAAGCACGAACAUGUCAUCGACCCGCUAGUCAUGGAUCUCUUGCGUGUCCUCAGCAGCCCCGACAUGGACGUACGACGCAAGGCUCUUCGCAUCGCCCUCGAGAUGGUGUCAAGCCGCAACAUUGAAGAGGUAGUGCUGCUGCUCAAGAAGGAGCUCAUGAAGACGGUCGACUCAUCGCAGUCGCAGGACAAAAACCUCGAGUAUCGACAGCUUCUCAUCCAAUCCGUCCACACCUGCGCAAUCAAGUUUUCCGAGGUCGCAAGCAACGUCGUGCACGUGCUCAUGGAGUUUCUCGGCGACUCGAACAACCCUUCGGCGGUUGACGUCAUUGCCUUCGUUCGCGAAGUGGUUGAGAAAUUCCCCGACCUGCGUUCCUCCAUCGUCGAUAAGUUGCUCCGCACUUUUACGGAUAUCAAGUCUGGAAAAGUUUUCCGUGGUGCGUUGUGGAUUGUUGGCGAGUACUGUGCUAGCAUUCAAGACGUCAAGGAAGCGAUGCAGCAGAUUCGCAAGGUGAUUGGUGAGGUGCCCAUCCUCGCCGCAGAGGAGCGUCUGCUCGAGUCGUCGACUGCCGAGACGGAUGGCACCAAGGAAGAAGCCGAUGCGGCGUCUUCGUACUCGGCGUUGGCAGCCGCUAAGCCUACCUCGUCGGCGGCCAACCGUGUGCGCGCCGAUGGCACCUACGCCACUGAAACCGCCUUCAGUUCCGAGACCAACCAAGCUGCUCGCCUCGAAGCGGUCAAGAACGCAUCCAAGCCACCUUUGCGCUCGUUGUUGCUGCUCGGUGAUUUUUACACGGGGUCCGUACUCGCAUCGACGCUCACCAAGCUAGUACUCCGCUUCGCCGAGCUCUCAUCCGACGCCGGUGCAAAGAACAGCCUUCGUGCCGAAGCGAUGCUCAUCAUGACCAGCAUCGUCCGCGUAGGCCAGUCCAAUUUCGCUGCUUCGCCCAUCGACGAGGACUCGACCGAGCGCAUCAUGGCUUGCGUCGAGACACUCGCGUCGUCCGCCGAAGAGGCACAACCCGAGAGCAAGGAAGCGAAGCAGGUAUUCUUGCACGAUACCAAGCAGGCCUACACCAAGAUGGUGGAGCAUGAACAAGCGAAAGCGGCGGAAAAGCUCGCCAAGGAGACCAAGAAGGUCAAGGUGCAGCCCGACGAUUUGCUGUCAUUCCGCCAAUUCUCGAAACAGGCGGCCGACGAUGCGGUCGAGGAGUACGAGCGCGAACUGACACAGGCCACCGGAACAGCCGAGGCUGCCAAGGACGACUUUAUCAGCAAGUUGGCACGGGUGGUUCAGCUCACUGGGUUUUCGGAUCCUGUCUACGCCGAGGCUUAUGUCAACGUGCACCAGUUCGACAUCUUGCUCGACGUGCUUGUUGUUAACCAGACGUCGGAAACGCUUCAGAAUCUUUCGAUCGAGUUCGCCACGCUGGGCGAUCUGAAACUCGUGGAGCGUCCGUCGAACUACACGCUUGCGCCCUACUCGUACCAGUCGAUCAAAGCGACCAUCAAAGUUUCAUCUACCGAGACUGGCGUCAUCUUUGGCAACAUCAUUUACGAAGGCGCUGCGGGCACGGGGACGCAAUCCGCCGGCGAUGCCAAGUGCGUCGUUCUGAACGACAUCCACAUCGACAUCAUGGACUACAUUGCGCCCGCCUACUGCAACGAAGCGCAGUUCCGAGCCAUGUGGACCGAGUUCGAGUGGGAAAACAAGGUCAACGUCAACACCUCGAUCACCGACCUGCGCGACUAUCUGGCACAUAUCAUGAAGAGCACCAACAUGUCGUGCUUGACUCCCGAGGCGAGUCUGGCCGGCGAGUGCGGUUUCUUGUCCGCCAACAUGUACGCCAGGAGCUUGUUCGGCGAGGACGCUCUCGCCAACUUGAGCAUCGAGCUCCUGCCGGACGGAAAGACGAUUCAGGGUCAUGUGAGGAUUCGUAGCAAGACCCAGGGGAUCGCCUUGAGCUUGGGAGACAAGAUUACGCUCGCCCAGAAGGCGGCGAGUAAAGAUUAG